CCUCAAGAUUGUCCGUAGCCAUCUUGGCUCAAGCAGGCUAUCUUGUCAAGACGACGCUUCCCCUAAAUGAUGAAACGGCCAGCCAGCUGUUUGGAGCCAGAGGCACAGAUCAGUCGUGGUCCCUCACCUGCUCCAGGUUCAGGCCGAGCUGCAUUUGUUUCCUACUCGGGGCUGGUGUGGACUGUGGCUUUCCCAGCUGGCAAGACUGCAGAUGAUAGCGUGGCAGAUCAGACGCGCAAGGCCCUGAAGGAGUUAGAUAGCAGACUUGCCAAAGCUGGCACGGACAAGAGCCACGUGCUUGAGGCCACGGUGUUUGUGAAAGACAUGGCGAUGAAGGAUGAGAUGGACUCGGUAUGGCGUGAAUGGGUGCCAGAGAACUGUGGCAUUUCACGUGCCUGUGUUGCUGCUGAUCUUGCACCCGGUGACCUGGUGGAGAUGAAGAUUACUGCUGUGCAGCCAGAGGCACAGAUCAGCCGUGGUCCCUCACCUGCUCCGGGUUCAGGCCGAGCUGCAUUUGUUUCCUGCUCGGGGCUGGUGUGGACUGUGGCCUUCCCAGCUGGCAAGACUGCAGAUGAUAGCGUGGCAGAUCAGACGCGCAAGGCCCUGAAGGAGUUAGAUAGCAGACUUGCCAAAGCUGGCACGGACAAGAGCCACGUGCUUGAGGCAACGGUGUUUGUGAAAGACAUGGCGAUGAAGGAUGAGAUGGACUCGGUAUGGCGUGAAUGGGUGCCAGAGAACUGUGGCAUUUCACGUGCCUGUGUUGCUGCUGAUCUCGCACCUGGUGACCUGGUGGAGAUGAAGAUUACUGCUGUGCAGCCAGAGGCACAGAUCAGCCGUGGUCCCUCACCUGCUCCGGGUUCAGGCCGAGCUGCAUUUGUUUCCUGCUCGGGGCUGGUGUGGACUGUGGCCUUCCCAGCUGGCAAGACUGCAGAUGAUAGCGUGGCAGAUCAGACGCGCAAGGCCCUGAAGGAGUUAGAUAGCAGACUUGCCAAAGCUGGCACGGACAAGAGCCACGUGCUUGAGGCCACGGUGUUUGUGAAAGACAUGGCGAUGAAGGAUGAGAUGGACUCGGUAUGGCGUGAAUGGGUGCCAGAGAACUGUGGCAUUUCACGUGCCUGUGUUGCUGCUGAUCUCGCACCUGGUGACCUGGUGGAGAUGAAGAUCACUUCAGCGAUGCUUCGCUAGGGUGCAGAGUGCAGAGCAUCUAUAUCUGACUUCCAGGCUUCAGUCCUAGGACUGACACAUUAGCUCUGCAAUUUUGGAUUGCUGUGUUGCCACAGUCUUAAUGAUUUGAAGUCUCGAUUGGUGUUCUGGCUGGCUACCUCCAGGGAAAACUUUCAUGGAGCACGCGCAAUCAGAAAAC